GAACAACAACAUCAUCAUCAUGGCGUUGACGGAAGCGGUACAGGGUCUCGGUACCUCGCAGGCGUUGCUAACUGUUGUUUCCCUUGCGCUGGGUUUCUUCGCUGCGUACCUCUACGUUGCUGGCCGCUAUCUACCUGAAGGAGCACCUCCACUGUCAAUGGCAAUUUCACGUUUCACGUUGGCAAACAUGUGGUCGUGGGAGUGUCUGGAGAUGAUGGUAGACGAGCUUUCAUGGAAAGCAGGCAGCUGGAUGCGUCUUCAGGANUAUGCCACUCUGUUUGCCGGCGCACCAACAGUACCCAAAACUCAUGAUCCUGGUCAAGAGGAGAUUGAUGGUCAGGGAUUCUCCAGACGUCUUCUUGCCAUGUUGAAGAAGGAGAAUUUUGUCAAAGGACUGCAGGAUUUGAUCAGGGACACAAGAACGCGUCUGGAUGAACUCGCAAAAGACCCGAACGGCAUCACCGAUCCUUUCGAGAGCAUUUACGGCAUCGUCUACCAACUCACCAUGCGAACGGUCGCGUGCAACGAGAUUGCCAACGAUCGUACUCUGUUGGACCAAUCGCUGGACAUGUUCGAGAAAAUAGAGGCUUCGUCCUCGGCCAAGCUCAUCAUCUUCCCCUGGUUCCCCUUCCCUGGAAAGCUCAGACGACUAUGGUAUGGUGGCAAACUUUACAUGAUCUUCAAGGGGAUUAUCGAGGAUCGUGCCAAGACUGGUCGCAAAGAGGAGGAUCCGCUGCAAUUCCUAAUUGACAAGGGAGAUAACGUCAAGGAGAUUCUCACUUUUGUCUUGGGUGCGCUGCAUCAACGCUGCUUGGGUCAUCAUAUACCUUGCAAA